AUGCACACUCUCGAGGGCAUACGUCUCCUCCUCAUUUGCAACCGUGUACUUGUCGCUCACAUGGAGCGCGACAAUAUUCCCUUAGAUGCAGCGGCGGCGGGACACUCUUUCUCGCCAGAUACCGUAACUAACAAUGCUGAUGCGUUCACACUCUUCUCCCGCCAAAUCGCUGAGAUGCAAAACCAGCUGCUCUCUCUGCAGACAGAGAACGCUAGGUUACGGUCCGGCGGGCAAGGUUCUAGCACAGAAUCGAUGUCGCCAAGCAUGAGCCCACCGUCGUCUAUAGGCCCUAGAACGCCUUACACUCCUAACCACUUUCUAUAUCCUUCUACUCCUAUCGACCUGGACCUUCUACCGCGCAAACUUGCCUUCACGCCAUCCCCCAUGCAGCCCUCUUUUCUCCUGCCCCCCCCUCAGCCUGUACCCGCAUUUGCACUGUCCGAUAACGAUUCGCCUUCCACAUCCGAGUCGCCUUCCAAAUCGUCCAUAGAGAUACCGCCGGGAAGGUUUUGGAAGCAAAAGGCUUGGAGGGAGGCUGUUGAAUCGGAGAGAUUAAGGAAGAGUGUCGCAAAGCCGGAGGAUACGGGUUUGGCUCUUCCUAAUCGCGGCCGAGGAAAAACGAGGCUUGCAGCGGGAGAUAACGUCAUGUUUGGAUUCCUCGAAAAUAUGCAGGGCGUGGUCAUUGAUGGAGGCGAUGUCACGUCGCUCAGGAGCUGGACUAAUAUCUGGUUUGAUGACCGUUAUGCUGAGGGUGAGCUGCCCACGAGUAGCAAGGAUGUUACGUGGUUGCGCAUCGGUCCAGGGGUGCGGAAACGGUUUCGAAAGGAUGUCCGAGACGCGUUCACGGACCUCACGUUUGGUGAGAAUGGUUGGCAGAUCGAGGCGUUCAUGGAGCUGCAGUUCCCUGCGUGGAAAACUCAGCGUUGGGCUCGGACGGAGAAGUUGAAGUCGAAGAAGCGGGCGACAGAUCUCUCUUCGGACUAUCCUGAGAAGAAAGCCAAAAUUGAAGCCUUCGACACUCCCGGUCCAUCUGGCAGCGUCAACAUGGAGGAUCUCGAUCCACUUUGCGCCUCCACGGAUGUCGCCACCGAUUCACCUCGCGCUAAUCGCGACUUUGGCAAUACAUCCAGUCGUGGCGGCGACGACAAUGCAUCUAUUCGUGGCCGCUCGCUCGAGUCCCAUGUAAAGGGUGCCCCUACUACCGGUACACCUCCUCGCAAUGUUGACGCUACACGUUGUUUGAGCGCUACACCCGCUUCAACCAGUAACGCUACUGCUCAGGAUGCCCAAGACACCGUUAGAGACGUGGUUCCUCACGAGACUGAAGCCGAGGUGAUGGGCGUCGUGUCAGGUCAAGUUUCAUCGUCACCUUUCCAUUUGGUAUCUUCAUCGAAGGAGCUCAGCAUUUCGAACACACCGCCUCCAGAUAGUUCACUAUACGCUACUGGCCUAUCGAACGAUCUACCUCCGGGUCCCACCGACAAGAAUCGGACGGCAGUCUUGUCCGCACCUUUCAUGGAGAAUGAUAUAUUAGCCGGCACUUACACACAGGCAAGCACGGACUCAGUGUUGCUCCCUACCGAAUCAGGUUCAUCCAGUCGCAUGGUGUCGUCUUACCCAACACCCAGCAACCCUAUGAGUGUUCAGACGGAUGGCGGAGUGAAGGGGGGCAAGUCCCUAACUCCCGGUGUAAAGGAUACGCCGAAACGGAACUGCGCCUUACAGUGGAAAGCAGCGUGGCCCAAUAUGACGCAAGCCGCGUUCGAAAAGCACUGGAGCACGUUGGCAGACGAGGUGAAACAGACAUACAAGACUGUGAAGUAAAUAGAGCUUAUCGCACUGCAUGGGCACGCGACCCUCUCCCUUUCCACGCCCUUACGACCCUCGUGCGAUUCGUGGAAAUACCCCAUUCUCAUUUUUUCAUACUCUCUUUCUCGGUAGACACAAACAUGCUGUCCGGCUCAGCAUCGAUUCAGGCUUUCUUUCUUGGUAGACCGUCGAGAGCUGUGGCGGUUGUAUUGAUGUGGCGCGAGAUGCGGCGGAGCAGACUCUCGUAGAUAUGCAUAUGUAUACGUAGAAUCAACAAUAAAAGCAC